GUCAUGUAUGUAUGAACGAUUGAUUGUUCGACUAUGUCAAUCGCAUGUUUAAAAGAGUUGUAGAUCGAUCAAUUGGCAGCAUUCUAUUCCUUGGCAUAGCUCAGUUCAGUUCAGGAAGAACUUUCAAAAUGCCUCGUGGAGCAAAAAGGAAGGCCGUCGAAAAAACGGAGCAACUUGCAAAAAUGGCAAAAGGAGAGACCGAUCUAAAACAUGGACUGAAAUGGUCUGAUGUUGGAAUACCUCCAGGGAAAGCUACAGCUUACCCAUCCAUGUACCUACUCCAUUCUGACGAGCUUCAUGGGGCAAAAAAGGUUGUUGGCUUCGACAUGGAUUGGACACUGAUAGCUACGAAAAGUGGAAAAAAGUUCCCGACUGGGCCUAAAGAUUGGGUAUGGCUCUACCCAGAAGUGCCAGACAAGCUCCGCUCCCUCCACAAGGCUGGGAAUCAAGUGGUGAUAUUCUCCAAUCAAGCAGGUGUGGAAAAGAAUCACACUAAGCCCGCUGAUAUCAAGAAAAAGCUGGAAGAUAUGAUUAGCGAGGUGGACAUCCCUAUCAUUGCUUGCCUUGCCACUGGAACAAAUGAUUAUAGGAAGCCUAGCACGCUGAUGUGGGACACUUUAGAGAAGGAUUACAAUGGUGGAACAAAGUUUGACCUGAAGAAUUGCAUGUAUGUUGGUGAUGCGGCUGGAAGAGACAAGGAAUGGUCAUCUGGGAAAUCCAAGGAUUUCUCCUGUGAUGAUAGGAAGUUUGCUGCUAACAUUGGGGCAGUUUUCAAAACACCAGAUGAGUUCUUCCUCAAGGAGGCCCCAACUUCAAAAUGGAAUUGGAGAUCUGCAGACCCUUCAAAGUACUUGAAAAAGGCUAACGCAAAAAAAACUUAUCACUCGGAGAGCCAAGAAGUGGUAAUCAUGGUUGGCUACCCAGCGUCUGGUAAAAGUACUUUCCGUAAGCAAUACUUCGAGCCCCAUGGUUAUGUCGCAGUCAACAGAGACACGUUGGGUACAGUGUCCAAGUGUAAAAAGUUUAUGUACCAGGCUUUAGAGGAGGGCAAGAGUGUGGUUGUAGAUAACACAAAUCCAUCACCAGCUGCUAGAGAAGAGUUUAUCUUGGUGGCGAAGGAUGAAGGCAUACCAUGUCGAUGUUUCUUCAUGGACACGCCGAUAGAACUCGCCCAUCAUCUCAAUUACGUCCGUCAGAACCAGACCAAUGGAGAGGUCCGUCGCAUACCAGGAGUCGGGUACAACAUGUACAAGAAGAACUUCAAAGCUCCGGAGAAGUCGGAGGGUUUCACAGAGAUCAUAACAGUGCCAUUCGAAGCAGAAUUUGAGAAUCCAAGGCAUGAGAAACUCUUCAAGCAGUGGACUCCUGUAGAUUGAAUAGUUAGUUGUUGCGUUUUCUUUAGCCAUAAUCUGAGGCAAAAGCAAGUCUUGUGUAGAUGAGAGUUUGAGCAUUAUGGACUUUUGAUGGUGUGCCACUAUAUGUUGAGUUUAUGUGUAGAAGCCAAAUAAAUCCACAUAUUUUGCAUAAUAUUCAUGUAUAAUUUUAAAAUUUAGGGAACACUGCAAUAGUUUGUAGAAGUUUGAAUUAUCAUAACUGCUUUGGCUUAUAAGGAGUGUCAGACCUAGGAAUAACUCGGUUGAUGCCAGGACAAUGCAUUGUUCUCCUGGAACAAAACUGGAGGAACAACUACCAAUUGAAUGGACGAUAGUUAGGGUAGAAAACUGUUUUAUUGAAGAGGUGCCUUGUGUAAGUGUGCUGCCUUUUAAGGAGUUCAAACUCCUUCUUCACAUUCCAUGGUGCACUAGUAUUAUAGAUAGUUACUACUCCGUCCGUCUGUGUUAAUGUACUUAAAACUGAUAUAAAUGUAUAGGUGUAUGGUGCCCUGCACUAAUAAUGGAAAGUGUCUGAAAUGAUUAUUAGGCAAUAUGAUUGGUGCAUGCUGAAGAUUGAUCAAUAACCUUAAAACCCUUUGUGGCAGAUCUCAUCGCAGACUGUUGAUGUCCGCUGUGGGCACCAGUCUUUGUCCAAUUUCUUCAUUUGUUAGGGAUUGUGCUUACUGUUCAAUCCACAUUUACACGUACAGUCAUGUGAUGUUACGUUAUAUUAUUUUAAUAAAUAUCUAGCACUGA